AUGUUGAUACGGAACAGAAGAAAAUUUGUUAGUGUUUUUCUUACAUGUCUUGCGAUUUUUGUGGUUUAUAUUUUAUUCAAUGAUAUUGAACUGGCGUUUGUCUCGAAGGGGGUAAUUCGUAAAAAGGAAUUAGAUAACAAUUUAAUAUCGCAGGUUGCCUCUGUUGAUGUAGAUGAUACACGGGGUGCAUCAGUGGAAAGAGUUGCAUCAGUAGGAUCUCGAAAUAAUGGUAAGAUUGAUGAAAUGUUGCGUGUGCCUGGUUCCAUAAUGCCAUCUAUGCCAGAUCAAGAUGCAAAGAAAGAGUUGGGUAAUGCUUCAUGGAAAUACUUCCAUACAUUAUUAGCAAGAUUUCCUGACGAGCCUACUGUUGCGGAACGUGAAAAAUUAGGAAACUUUAUUCAAUUAUAUGCAGAACUUUACCCUUGUGGUGAAUGUUCAUAUCAUUUUGUCAAAAUGCUCCAGAAAUUUCCAGUCCAGACUUCGAGUAGAAAGGCUGCUGCACUAUGGGGGUGCGACAUACACAAUAAAGUGAAUGCUUAUUUAAAGAAAGAUAUUUAUGAUUGUUCAAAUAUUCUUGAAGAUUAUGAUUGUGGAUGUGGAGAUGGUCCAACAGGGGAAAAUCAAUUAAUAUAA